CAAACGGAUUGGAUGGCGUUUUCGCUCCUGUGGAGGACAGACAACGCCAUGCACGAGGCUGCAGCAGCAAGGAGCGCGAUGGGAGGGCGCCACGGCGACCACCAGCGCCCGUCAGGGCUAAGACGAGCCUUGCCGACCGCAUGCUCACUUUUUGAGCGGUUGCUGGUAUAUCGGUGAUUACCGGUAUGAGUUGCAUGAAGCUGAGUGGCAAGGUCGCGGUGGUCACCGGCGCAUCCGGAGGCAUUGGCGCCGCUAUCGCGCUGGAGCUUGUGAACGCUGGAGCUAAGGUGACAAUCGGUGCUCGUCGACUGGAGGCGCUGGAGAAUGUCAAGGCGGACAUCGAGGCGAAGACUGGGCAGAGUGGGAAUGUUCUCAUCGUCCUGGCGGAUGUCACGAGCCCCGAACAGGUGAUAUAGGUAUACUGAGAAGAAUGGGGAUGGCUAGAGACUGAAGAAUACCGUCUUCGUAGAUGCAAAACCUCGUGGACAAGGCGGAGGAGGCCUUUGGGCCAGUGGAUAUCCUCGUUAACAAUGCUAAUGAAGAAUGUGGACCAGGAUAGUUGGGAACGGAUGAUCGAGAUUAAUUGCAAGGGAAUAUUGAACGGAGUGGCCGCGGUACUGCCCGGUAUGCUCGCUCGUAAGAGUGGACACAUCGUCAACAUUUCCUCGGAUGCUGGACGCAAGGUUUUCGCUGGACUUGGCGUCUACUCUGCGACGAAAAUGUUCAUUGAAGGCAUCUCCCAGGCAUUGCGCCUUGAAAACUGCGGCAGUGGAUUGCGAGUGACCUCGAUUCAGCCUGGAGAUGUCACGACGUCCUUAGUAGACCAUGCCAAUGCCGUCAGCGGCGUCGACGAAGAAGCCACGAAGAUGUUCAAUGACGAGCCAGAAUGCGAAGAGCUCCAGUCUGAAGACGUUGGUCGCGCUGUAUUGUACGCCGUCAUGCAGCCGCCACACGUGGCUGUGAACGAAGUUUUGGUGCAGCCACGCGACAGGUCCGUUUAGAUCCUUACGAAAUCUAAAGCUUUUAAAGUCAACUGCAAUAAUGCACCCCGUUUUCGCGGGGGUGGACCAUACAGGAUUUGCUAACGCAUCAGGUUUCAGCAAUGAAACCCGAGGAGUUUUUGGAAAAAGG